AUUUUUCUAGUUAUCGAAAUAAUAGCCCGAUAUCCCUCCGUCGUUAUUUUCUCUCCUUCUCCGUCAUUGGCGACGUUCGAUUCCUUCUCGAUUCGGUCGCAGGUGAAUUUGGUACUGAGAAAAAUGCAGAGGGGCAGAGGUGGUAGGGACGAUUUCUUUGGGUUUGGGGAUCCGUUUGCCGGAUUUGGUGGCUUUGGGAGACCAGGGAGCCUGAUGUCCAGCUUCUUUGGUGGGAGGGAUCCCUUUGAUGAUCCUUUCUUCACUCGACCCUUCGGGAGUUUGAUGGGCCCAAGCAUGUUUGGACCCAGUAUUUUUGAUGAGCGGGGUAGUUUCUUUGGGCAGACAAGCAAUGCUGGAUUCCUGGAGCAAGCUCCCCCGCCUAAGCCGAAGGGGCCGAUUGUCGAAGAACUGUCAUCUGAUGAUGAAGAAGGAGAUGAAGAGAAGACUGAUAUGCUGAACAAAGGUAAUCCAAGAAAACAUUCUAGUUCAAAUAAAGAACCGUAUGUUCAGGAUCCUGAUGAAGAAACUGAAGAGAAGAAAAGCAAGUAUAGGCAAUAUAGGAAUGAGUUUAGCAGGCCUAGUACAUCGCAACCACAGGCUCGAACUUAUGCUUUUCAGAGCUCAACUGUGACCUAUGGUGGUCCAAGUGGAGCAUAUUAUACUUCUUCUACAUCAAGGAGAACUGGUGGUGAUGGAGUCGCUGUGGAAGAGCAUAAGGAAGCUGAUACAACUACGGGUAGAGCAACCCACCGGAUUUCUCGAGGAAUUCAUGAUAAGGGUCAUUCCUUAACAAGGAAGCUAAACUCAGAUGGGAGGGUAGAUACAAUGCAGACAUUACAUAAUAUGAAUGAAGACGAGCUGGCUGGCUUUGAUGAGGCAUGGAAGGGGAAUGCAAGACAGCACUUGCCUGGAUGGAAUCCAGGGCUUAACAUGCUUGAUAAUGGCAAUAUUAGUAAUGGGAACUGGAGCAGCAGGAGGCAAGACGAACGGUCAGCCAGGGGAUGGGCUCUUCCAUCAUCUGAACGACCCAAUGACUCAGGAAGGAUGAGGUCACAUCCCCAGACUGAUUCUUUCAGAGGGCGAGCCCAUUGAACAAAGAGUUGAGGUUCCUCUAGGCAUUGUCAGGGUCAGGGAUGGAUUAAUCGUUUGUUCAGGCAGUAGGGAUGAAAGUAAGGGCCUAUUGUCUUUCUUAUGUGAGUUUUAGAUGGGUCUCUUGCUGUCCUUGUCAGGGGUUAUAAACUGUAGGGCAUUGUAUUGGUAAUUGCGGUACUGGCCAUAACUCUUGCAUUUUUUUUUUUGGUGAGUACUCUUGCAUAUUCAGUUUGUGAAAUCAUUAAAUGACAUGGUGACCUAUAUGAGGUCUGCCUUUCUACUUA